AUGUCGCAAAAUACGUUGAUACUCGCAAACAAGGUCGCUGUCAUCAGCGGCUCCAGCCUUGGGAUAGGCGCAGAAAUCGGGAGGGAACUAGCCUCCCGUGGUGCGCACAUUCAGGAAGCCGAGGCCCUUGCGGCAAGUCUACCAACCAAGAGCAUCGCUUUUGAAGCGGACAUAUCAACAACAGAUGGCCUAAAUAUACUUGUACAGGAAGCUUUGAAGGCGUACGACAGAAUUGACAUUUUGGUCAAUAAUGCUGCACUCGCGGUGAACAAGCCAUUUGAAGAUCAAACACUGGAGGAUUGGGACCUGUUUGUUAACCUCAUCGGACGCGGUACCUUUCUACUUACCCAAGCUACCUUACCUCACGUGCCAAGGGAAGGUGGUGGAAGGAUCGUCAACAUUGUUUCAAUCGCGGCUCGAGAAGCACCGCCGAUGCAAACUAUCUAUGCCGGAAGCAAGGGCAUGGUGGAUAGCUUCACCAAAGUAUGGGCGAAAGAGCUUCCCUCCAAAUACGGCAUCAUGGUAAACGCCGUCAGCCCAGGACCUACCAUGACCGAAGGUUUCGCAAAAGCUGGGCAGUCGUUCAUGGAAAUGAUGCGACCUGCGAUAGAAAAAACGCUAGUUGAAGGUCGAUGGAAAAAACCUGAGGAAAUUGUCUUUGCUGUAGGCUUUCUGUGUGAGCCGCGGGCCAGUUGGAUUAAUGGUUUGCCUCUGAUCAAGACGGAGGCCUCUUCAUCGACUGAGUCGGUGAAUUAG